AUGAAGCGUUCACUGCAGACCCAUCUGCAGUGGUCACUGCAGUUGCGGCCCCGUUUGAUUUCGCCGCUGUGCAUCUUCUUCCGGUCUCACAAUAGCCUCGAAAAGCGUGACUUCGUUGAUUGCCAGAUGAGUAUGAACCCUUCAUUGAGCAGGAACGAAAACGCGCAGAGCUCGCCGACUCGCCGGGUCACCUCAACCGACGACAACUACGCGACCAUGAGAUCGUUGAAGGAAACCAAGUUCUACUUUGGGUGGUCGCGGCAAACUACAAAACGUUGAAAAUCGGCGUGAUCUUCAACAUCUUCCCUCUCCGACGCUGGUGGCGUUAUGACUGCCUGUACUUACAUGAACUUCGGGGGACGUGGGGCACGGUCGAGGGCAGAUGA